AUGGCCCUCCACGACCCACAGUAUAUUUUUGGCGAUUUCAGCCCUGAUGAAUAGUUUUUUGUGACUCCCCGCUCUUCAGCUGAGCUCCCUCCAUACAGUGGGACUCUAUGUAGCAUACAGGCUGAAGAUGAACUGCCAGAUGUACAAGAACAUCAGAGGAUCGAGCUUGGCUUAGAUGAAGUCAUCGAACCUAGUGAGGGCCUGCCUAGAAACCCUAGCUACAGUAUUUCAAGCACCUUGAACCCCCAGGCACCUGAAUUUAUUUUUGGUUGUACGACUUCCAAAAAGACCUCUGAUGCUAUAGAAAAAGAGGAGACCUACAGCUCCAUUGACCAGUACCCGACCUCAGCGUUGGCUCUAAAAAGCAACUCUAACACAGAGGCCAAGACCUUGGAGAAUGACAGUGGUGCCAGUGGUCUUGGUCAAAGGGAGCGGAAAAAAAAGAAGAAGCGGCCCCCUGGGUACUACAGUUAUCUGAAGGAUGGUAGUGAGGACAGUGCUUCCCCAGAUGCCCUAGUCAAUGGCCAUGCCACUUCAGUGGGCACGAACAGCGAGGGUGUGGAGGAUGCUGAGUUCAUGGUGGACACGCUCCCGUCAGUCAUGCCCAGGACUUGUGAUAGCCCUCAGACUCCCAUGGACUUCAUCAGUGAUCCUAUCCCUGAUAGUCCUUUCCCCAGGACACUGGGCAGUGAUGCCAGGACUGCAGGGCUGCGUGAGGGCUGCCAUGAAACUGACUUUGAGCAGCCCUGCCUUCCUGCAGACAGCCUGCUAAGGACAGCUGGGACACAGCCCUACAUUGGCACUGAUACUACUGACAACCUCGCAGUUACUAAUGGAAAAAAGCUUGAAUCCCUGGGCGAGGACACUGCUGCCAACGGGGUAGAACUGCAUACUGACGAGGGUGUAGACCUUGACCCUGCGAAGCCUGAGAGCCAGUCACCUCCUGCCGAAAUUGCGCUCUCUGCCUCUGGCGCCAUUCCCAUUAGCCAGCCUGCAAAGUCCUGGGCUAGCCUCUUUCAUGAUUCUAAGCCCUCUUCCUCCUCACCCAUGGCAUAUGUCGAAACUAAGUGUUCCCCCCCUCUCCCAUCCCCCCUGGCCUCUGAAAAACAGAUGGAAGUCAAAGAAGGGCUUGUUCCAGUGUCAGAGGAUCCCGUAGCCAUAAAGAUUGCAGGUACAGUUAAAUGACAAGCUGAGCGGACCUGGGAGCAGUCUGUUGGGAGCCCAGUGUUAGUAGCUGACCGGUGUGGAAACAGUAGUAAAGGACUUGUAUGUGAUAACAUCCAGUAGUCCAACAGU